AUGGCCGUACUUGGCGCAGUUGUGACAAUUGCCUUUAAUUUGUUUUCAUCAUCAUUUGAGGAGCUGGUCUUCUUCGACUUCGACGCUCGACGAUCCCCUGAUCCACAGGGUUUUGCAGCUCGUAUGAUGGCUAAGUGGGGGCACAAGGAAGGUCAAGGUCUGGGUGCCGAUGGGAGCGGUAUUGUAAACGCUCUCACAGUCGAGCAAGUCGCUGCCCAAGGCAAAGGCAAGAAGGGUCAAAAUCAAGCGCAGGGCCAAGUCAAAGUCAAACCAGCUAUGGGUUCAAAGAUGGGUCGGAUCAUCAAUGACAACGAGGACGCGAAGGGUCGUGAAGAUCGUUUAAGGUUUGGGGAGGCCAGUCGCGUGGUAGUGUUAACCAAUAUGGUUGGACCGGAAGAUGUAGACGAUGGCGAUCUUAGAGAUGAAAUCGGCGAAGAGUGUUCGAAGAAUGGAACCGUCGAGCGAGUUAUUGUACAUCUGACUCAACCUCGGCCAGCUUCCAGGACUAACACCACUCUUCCAAAGGAACCUGCCAUUCUUUUAGGGAAGGGCAAAGGUAAGGAAAAAGCCGACUCUGAAAAUGAGUCUGCCGAUGACCGCGGUCGCCAACUGGAGCGUGGCAAGCGUGCACGGCCACGCGCCAUGAGCACCAGAAGUCGCAGCAGCGCGCCGAAGACCAAGCGCCAGCGAGCAAAAUCCAAGGCAAUCAUCAGCGAUGAUGAAAGCCAGUUGGAAAAUUCACCGGUUCCUGAGCAAGCGGCACUGGUCAAGCGAUCUCCACCAAUCAGGCUUCCCCCCGCUGUGAAAGGUUCUUGGCAACGCCGUGAGUCUGUUGCGCAAUUGGCGGCAGCAAGUGAGGAUGAGCGAACAGCAACACCGAACCCCGCACCGAAAACAGGGCCAAGAUACAUGGAGGUCGAUGAGCUGGAUGAGAUGAUGAACGAGAUGCAGAUGAAUGUGGGUCCUGCGCCAAAGAUGGGGGCGCCUUAUGUCGCAAUCCCACCUGCACUGAAGGUGGUGAAGGCUGCUAUAGCUGCCCAUACAACUUCUGGCACCGAUGGCGGCAGUGCCUCCCACCAACUUGAGGAAGAUGAUCAUGCCGACAUCACCUCACCGGUAUGGAACCCAGGAUGUGGUUCAUGUGUCCAGAGGCAGCUGGUCUGCCGCCAAGGAUACAACACCUUAAAGGCGCCGCAGAGCAAUUGGUUCACCGUACGGGAGGAUCUGCACUCUGCCAGCAGGGUGCUAGUAGCUCUGAUAGCUGGCUUUGGCAAGAGGGACAGGUUGAGCGGAGUCAACGAUAGUGAAAUGACAUUGAGCUCAAAGAGCGUAGCCGGUGCGAGGUCUGAGGUUCGUCGACGAAAAUUGCUGGGAGGAAAGAUUGCUAUUUGA